GACGAUUUUCACUCAUACUUGAAGGCCGUUUUGCCGUUAGGUCCACCGUAAUAUCCAGCUCAGCCACUGUUGAGGUUUGGGUGCCGGUAGUAGAGCCAAUAGAGUCAUGCGAGGCCAUGGAAAAAAGCAAUGUGAAAGCAGGGUUGCGAUAA